ACCAAUGUACUUCUUGGCGCGAUUCCAAGACGUCGUCUUCAAGCAAAGAAAACUCGUCAAAUGUCUUGAAAAAUGGCGUUUCCAGUAUUUUUAGGGAUCCAGUGUUUAAGCGUUGACGGUUAGUACAGAAAACCUCGCAAGAUUUGAGGGUUCGAACACUGUUAAUGUAGAGGGAGGGUUGCCGUUUUGGUGGUUUGAUCAGUGAACUCGAGCAGAAAUACGCAGAGAGAUUUGCAAGAUUUGGAGGGCUGGUGAUCUUGAAUUUGAUAUCUUCGGUAAUUUCAGGAGUUCCCAUUGUUGAACGGGAUGGCGGAGGGGAAUGGGUUAUCUCGUUAUGUGAAGCUUACCAAGGAACAAGCUCCCGUGGACGAUAUCACUCCAGGGGAGCUCAAUCAACCCAUUCAAGUGCCUCAGUUGGCUGUUCACAGAUGCAAUGAGUGUGGUCAGCCCCUUCCUGAGAGCUAUGCGCCUCCCGCAAAUGAACCUUGGUCAACUGGGAUAUUUGGUUGUGCUGAAGAUACUGAGAGUUGCUGGACUGGACUGUUUUGUCCAUGCGUUUUGUUUGGGCGCAAUGUGGAACACCUGAAAGAAGAUAUUCCCUGGACAAGGCCAUGCAUUUGUCAUGCUAUUUGUAUUGAAGGUGGCAUUGCACUAGCAGCCGCAACAGCAGUCUUCCAUGGCAUUGAUCCAAGGACAUCUUUUCUCAUUUGUGAGGCUUUGCUGUUUUCUUGGUGGAUGUGUGGCAUCUACACUGGUCUUUUUCGACAAUCUUUACAGAAAAAAUAUCAUCUCAAGAACUCCCCUUGUGACCCAUGCAUGGUACAUUGCUGCAUGCACUGGUGCGCAUUAUGUCAGGAGCACAGGGAAAUGAAAGGACGUUUGUCUGAUAAUCUUGCCAUGCCUAUGACAAUUAUCAACCCUCCUCCAGUGCAAGAAAUGAAUGCAAAUGAGAACCAGGAGUCUGCACGUGCCACAGCCAAUGGUGUUGAGCACACUGAUGUGGAGAUACAAGCCUUGGAUUCAGAGUAUGUGGUACAAAGGUUAAACUAAAAAAGGAAUUUUUUGUGUUUGUUCUUUCCGUGUUAAUAUUGCUUGCGUCAAAUACAUACUGAACCGUGGGAUGCUUGCAUAAUUUGUGAGAGAAACCUGCCGGAGUUUGGAUGAACUAUACAUAUGGAGUAGUUGAUGGAAUGAAUGACCUUGAUAAUGUUUCAAA